AUGGCCUCCUCAGCCGUGGGGCACGGUUUGAGAACUGACGAUGAUCAACAUGAUAGGCCUAGUGAGGCUGAAGCUCAGGCUGCUGCUGAGAGGGACAGCACAGUUGAAAAUAGAACCGCUGACAUUGAUAUUGACACAAUUGAUGGAUCCCAUGCCGUCCGAUCCGAGUCGUGGUCAAAGUGUCAAACUGAUCGAACGGUUCACAAUCAACGUGUCCCCUUCACAUUUGCCAAUCUUCUUUUGUACGCUUCCCAACGUCCGGGCACCGUUUCGUUCCCUCUCCCUCGUCUCUCCGUGUUCCCCCGCCGACUGGUCACCGCCGACCUCGAAGACAACGGAUUGCCGGCUCAACCCUCCUCCCCUGCCGCCUCUAGCAGCGGCUUCGCGGAGGACUUCUACCGCAGCGGCACCGACUGGUCCUCCCUGCGCGCCCCUCCGCCGCCCGGAGGGCCACCCGGUGUGAAGGAGAAGGAGAGGGGAGGCGGCUCGCUCGUGCAGAGCAGCCUCUUCCAGGCUUGGGGGAUCGAGAAGCCGUGGCGGGAGGUUGGGGAUUCAUCGCUUGUGCAGAGGAGCCUCUUCCAGCGUGGGGGAUCGAGAGGCCGCGGAGCGAGGGGCUCGGGGCUCGGGGCUGCGGAUUCCUCCCGAGGUACCGAGGAGGAGGGGGUGACGGCCAAGAAGCCCCUCGCGUGCCCCUUCUACAAGAAGAUUCCCGCUCUAAUCCACUUCCGUCUAAGUGAUGGAAAGACCUAUCUCCACGCUGGGGAUUUUAUAGUAUCAAAAUCUAUGCAAUUGCAUCCACUUCUCCAGAGAGGCCGGGUAAAUUUGGUUUACCUGGACACAACAUAUUGCCAUCCCAAGUACACGUUCCCACCCCAGGAGGACGUUAUUGAUUUUGUUGUGAGGACAGCUCGAAGAUAUCUAAAGAAGCAACCAAAAACCCUCAUUGUUGUUGGGGCAUAUAGCAUUGGGAAAGAGAAUGUGUAUCUAGCAAUUUCCCAAGCUUUAGAGGUCCCUAUAUACACUGAUGCAUCAAGGAGGCGGAUUCUUCACUCAUUUGGCUGGUCAGACUUAUCCAAAAGGAUAUGUUCAUGCAAUCAAAGUUCACCACUUCAUGUUCUGCCCCUUGGAUCUGUAAAUCAUGAGAACUUGAAGAAGUACUUGGAGACUCUUAAUGGAAGAUUUCUAGCUGUGCUGGCUUUUUGGCCUACAGGUUGGACUUUCUCUGAGGCAACUAGAAAGCAUCUUGACCUAAUAAAACCAAGCUCUAAUGGCAGUGUAACAAUCUAUGGUGUGCCUUAUAGCAAGCAUUCAAGUUUCACUGAGCUUAGGGAUUUUGUGAUGUUUCUGAGACCUCAAAAGGUAAUUCCUACUGUUAUUGUUGGCAACGCGACAAGCCGAGAUAAAAUGCAAGCACAUUUCCGGGAAUGGCUGAAGAGCCUGUGA